AUAAAUAAUAGGUUUAGUUAGAAUUAAUCAUAUGUACUUUUGUUAAACCACAUGGAGAGCCCAAACACUAAAUCUUCUCAAAGGCUUGUGAAGAGCAAUUCACAAUCUCCAAGUAGAUCUCCAGGAAGAAUAAUAACAUCAAGUUCUCCUCAACAUCAAUUUAUGAAGAACAAUAAUGUGUUGAGAGAUGAGCCAAAAGAGAAAUCAUCAGUUGACAAAAACAAGGUUCAACAAAAGUCAUUAGCAAAGGAUAAUACAAAGCCUGUGGAGAUCAAACUUCAUACUCAACAAAGAGCAAGGAGACGUGCUUUAUUUAAUUACUCAAUGGAAACCAAAUCUUACUUCAUUCAGCUACAGAAGAAAACAGUAGAAAAAGUACAAAAGAUGAUAGAAGAAGAAGAAGUUCGUUUGUUAAGAAAAGAAAUGAUACCAAGAGCUCAAUUAAUGCCAUUAUUUGAUAAGCCCUUCCUUCCACAAAGAUCAACAAGGCCAUUGACUAUUCCAAAAGAACCAAGUUUCAUGUUGAAUGGCAAAUGUUCUAGCUCCAUGGACUUCUCAAUUUUCAACACAAUGAAGCAAGUCAAGUAAAUAAUUGUCAUUGUUGUCCAUUGUAGAUAUAUGUUUCGUACAAUUAGUUUUUUUUUUUUUUUUUUUUUUUUUUUACAUAUUCUAAUUGCUAUUGUUGAAUAAAAAGUACUAAAGGGUUUGUUUUGUGAAUUUUGAAAAUUUGUAAUUUUGAUUAGGUUUAGUAGAUUCUAGCUAGUGUGAAUUUUAAAUCUUUUGUCAUUGUAUUUGAAUAAAGAAAUGCAAUCCAUGUAUAGUUCCUUUGCAUAGAAAAUGAACUCUUUUUUUUUUUUA